AUGUCAAUUUUAACUAUUAUUCUAUUUGGGAUUCUAUUUGUAAUAACUAUUUAUUGGUUUUAUAAACGAUAUUAUACAAAUAAUAAUAGUAAAGGGAAUACAAGAAAAUUAAAAUCUCAAUGGCUUUUAGGUAUUGGUUUAACUGUGGGUCGUAAAGUCUUUCAUGAAGCAAUUUAUUGUAUGAAAGAAAAAUAUGGUGAUAUUUUAUCAUUUCAAGUUGGAUUUCGUCGAAUAAUAAUAAUAUCCCGUAUUGAUUAUACGGAACAUAUUUUAUCUCAUCGUCAUAUUUAUGAUAUAUCCGAUAUAACAACACGUAAUUUUAGUCUUCUUUUUCCUGGUGGUCUUUUAUCUUUAAAAGGUGAAACAUGGAAACGUCAUGCACGUUUAAUGUUACCUGUAUUUCGUCGAAGUAAAAUUUUACCUUAUUUUGAAACAAUUGUUGAAUGUAUUGAUGAUUUUAUUGAUAAACAAUUUUUAAAUAAUCAAACUAAAAUUCAUAAAGAUUUAGUAAUAAAAUGUCAACAUAUUUUAUUAACAGUUAUUGCUCGUAUUGCAUUUAAUUAUGAUUUUUCAAAUUUAUCAACAAAUGAUGGAAUUAAUAUUCAUCAAGCAUUUAAUAAUAUGAUUGAUUGUGCAAGUCGUUUUGCAUUAAUGACAGCAAUACCAUUAUGGGUUGCAAAAUUAAUGUUAAAAUUGAAUUUCAAAUUUCAAAAAUCAUUAAAUAUUAUGAAAAAUCAUGUUAUGAGUAUUAUUAAUGAUGAACAAAAACGUCAACAUGAACAAAUUUAUUUAUCUGAUCAACGAAAAAGUUUAAUUACUUUACUUGUUGAAGCAUCACAAAAUGAAGCAAAAAUUUCUUUAUCUUCAAAUGAAAUGUUUGAUGAAAUUUCAAUGUCAAUUUUAGCUGGUUUUGAAACAACAUCAACGGCACUUUCUUGGUUUAUUUUUUAUAUGUCAAAAUAUCCAAAUAUUCAAUGUAAAAUAAAAAAUGAAUUAAAACAAUAUGGUCUAACAUCGAAUACAUCAUUAACACAAGAAAAAUUAGAUCAAUUAAUUUAUGUUGAUUGUGUAACAAAAGAAGUACUUCGUUUUGCACCUAUAGCUGCAGGAAUUGUACGUGAAGCAAUAUCGGAUGAUAUUAUUGAUGGAAUUGAAAUAAAUAAAGGAGAUGUUUUUUUAAUAGCUAUUCAAAAUUUACAUAAAAAUUCAAAUUAUUGGAAAAUUGAUCCUGAACAAUUUAUUCCAGAACGGUUUCUCAAUGAAGAUAGAAAUCCUCCACGAUAUGCUUAUAUGCCAUUUGGUGGAGGACAUAGAACUUGUAUUGGACAAGAUUUAGCUCUUUUAGAAUUAAAAACUGCUAUUACUCGGUUAAUGCAACGUAUUACCAUUGAAGAUCCAGGAAAAGAAGCCAAUAAUUCAGGAGGAUUCAUACAACGUGUUACUUGUUAUCCGAAACAUAUGGCUGUACGAGUUAUUAUCGAUUGA